AUGAUUUGCGCCCUCCUGUCAUUCCCGCUAAAAGAAUCUAUAAUGCGGGCAGCACGUGCACAGCAGCACAUCACUUACAUGGAAGCACAAAUAUCCCUUUACCAGGACUUAUCUACCAUCACCCUAGAUGCCCGCAGGGCCCUGCGGCCUCUCACCCGAGCACUUCAGGAGCGACGAAUUCCAUACAAAUGGGGAUUUCCAUUUAGCCUGCAGGCCCGGAUGGGAAACGUAUGGCACAUCAUCCGCUGGCCGAACGACGUGCCACGGUUUUUAAGAACCGCCAACUUACCUGCUAUCUCAGUGCCAAACUGGAUCCUGGAGGAACCCCCGGCGCGAGCCACAGGCCCAUCUGAAGUGGCACACAACAUCCACCUGGAGCCUGGACCACCAAGACGCAGAGGCGGCCCAAUAGGCCCUGAGGAAUAG